AUGCCUGAGCACUGUGCGGCGUAUUGCUGUCAAAAUCGGCGGACUGUUCAAAACAGGGCUCGAGGGAUUACUUUUCACAAGUUUCCCAAAGACAGAGAUGUUAGGAAGAAGUGGGAAGUGGCUUUGAGGAGGGAAGGAUUCACUGCAAGUGAUUCAUCAGUGCUUUGCAGUGAGCAUUUUAAGCAGGACGAUUUAGAUAGGACAGGUCAGAUUGUCCGACUCAGAGAUGGUGUUAUUCCAUCCAUCUUCAGCUUCCCGGUUCAUCUCCAAAGACCGGAAAAGGGCAGGACUACGUGUACCUCCAGAAGAUCUGAGGAGAGCCUGUCUGUGGCCUCUCAGGAUGCCUCAAACACUGCAACCUCACACCCACAACCUCAGCCUAAUGAUGAUCAUGGCUAUGCCUUGCCUGCUUCUCCUACCUCUCUUAAGGCCAGACUCAAUGAAGCCUUAGCAAGAGUGGAAAGUCUGGAGCGAGAGAAGAAUAUUUAA